AUGGUAUGGUUGACCGCCACGUUGCCCCCGAGCAUGGAGGCCGAAUUAUGCCGGUGGAUGAAGUAUGACCGGGCCGCCGUGACCAUAUACCGGGCCUGGACCAGCCGGCUGAACGUGGUAUACCGGGUGUGGCGGCCGGACAUGACCGGGGUGGGCCGGGGCCCAUAUCAGUGGAUUGAGAGUGAGGCGGUGGUGGCAUUCAUUCAGGACCGCAUCCAAUGGGCUGCUGGGGGGAAGGUCAUCAUAUAUGCGAAUAUCAUUGGGCAGGUGACGGCCAUGGCGCGGGUGCUUGGGUGUGAGGCGUAUUACAGUGAGCAGUUGGACAAGGCCGGGGUGCUGGCGCGGUUCAUGGGGCCAGCCCCCAUCAUCCAUAUUGGGACCCCCCGGAUGUUACUGGAUUACGCUGAGGCAAUUAUUAUCCAGCCAGCUGGGUGGGAUGCCCUAGCUCCAUGGAUGGAGGGCGUCGCCCAUGAGGACCAGGAGCGGGUUGCUGAGUAUAUGGGGGUGGUGGAAGGCAUUGGGUGCCGCUGGGUCGUGUUAGAUCAGUAUUUGGACGGAGUGGUGGACGGGUAUCAGCGGCGGUAUUGCCAGGAUGCGGAUCCUGGGGAGCAGAUAUGUGAUGGGUGUGAUCCCAAUUGGGCAGAGCCGGAGGUGGAUCCAGCCAGGCAAGCAAGGCAGGCAGCAAGUGAGGCAGUAAGUGAGGCAGGCAGUAGAGAGCAGUAA